CAUACGCGCUCAUGCGCAACAAAACGCAAGAAACGUAUGAAAAAGUGUUUGAAAAAAUCCACUGCCAGCUGCAUUCAAUUAACCCGAAAAUGGCUCCACCAAGGAUCAUAGUUGACUUCGAAAUAGCGGCAAUUAGGGCAGCCGAGAGACGUUUUCAUUCCUCAUCAGUGGAAGGGUGUCUUUUUCAUCUCAUUCGUGCUUGGAUAAGGCACAGGAACUCAUUGGGAUUAACAAAAUACUUGAAGGGGAAAUAUGAAAGUCGCCACGUCAAGAAAUGGUAUAGAACCAUUAGAGGAAUCCCAUUUGUGCCAGAGAAAUACUUACGCAAGUUACCGGGAUUGUAACGACCAAGCGUCAAUAGAGAUCAUCCGGCUUACGAAAUUUGCGAGAAAUUUCUCGAUUACCUAUACCAAACAUGGUUGAAGAAGCCAUUCCGGAAGUACUGGUCGAAAUGGGACGUAUCAAGCUUGAGAACCACCAAUAUCGCAGAGACAUAGCACAGCUUCGACGGUCUCUUUCGCGGAGAAAUGCAAGCGUCGAAGUACUCCUGGAACGUUUAAAAAAAGAAGAUACCAGCGCAAUGGCAAAACUACUAUCAAUCGACCAGGUAGCUGCUUACCUAAUCCGAG